CGAUAUAAAGUCGUCCCAUAAGCGAGGUGGGCUAGUAGCGGCAAAUCCACGCGCAUCGUCGCUUCACAAAUACUCGUGCAUUGUGCGUCCGUGAGAAGGUCUUCAUUGAUAUUGAUUGAACUGCGCCUCACCGUAUCAGUAUUGUACACGACUCGGCUCUAUCUAGUCGCGCGAUGUGGAAGGUACUCACCUUGGUUAGCUUCGCACUAGCCGCACCAAAAAGCGAACUGGACUUCAGCUCUUUGAACACAUUCUCGUUACAACUUCUUUACAACUCGUACGCAUUUCAAGAAAGCUAUGGAGAGAAGAACAUGGUCAUAUCCCCAAUGUCUAUUUGGAGCAUGUUCACAUUACUAACUGAAGGAUGCUCCGGUGAAACUUUUGACCAGCUAAUGAAAGAACUGCGACUACCCAAUGAUGUAAGAGCAACCACGGCUCUUCAUUUAGCGGUCUCCAAAAUGCUGUUGCAUAAAGACGAGGACGUAAUCCUAGACGGAGUAUCAGUACUAUUUGCUGAUUGCAAUUUAAAUAUACAUCAAGAAUUCUGUCAAUAUGCGCAAAAAUUUUUCACACAAGUUUAUGUUGUCGAUACUAGUAAUGAAACAUUACUAGCCGAUGACAUAAAUACUUUUAUUUGUAAAGUGACACGUGGAAAAAUACAAGAAGCGGUUACUCCUAGUGUUUUAGAAAAUUUAAGAAUGAUUCUAGUCGAUGGAUUGUAUUUCAAAGCGAACUGGACGUACCCAUUCGAUUCGACUCAGACAAGAGAAGAAGCAUUUUAUAACCAUCAAGGUAAAAUGAUUGGAUCAGUUAACAUGAUGUAUCAUAAAGCACCUCAUAAUAUUGGAGAUUCGCCUUCAAUAGGGGCACAGAUUCUUGAAAUGCCAUACGGUAAGAACGAGGAACUAUCCAUGUUAAUACUGCUACCAUUCGACGGCAUGCCUCUAAAAAUGUUGUUAGAAAAUCUAUCAAAACAACCAUUAACGUGGAUGAAUGAUAUUUUAACUUCAGAAACAUUACCUGAAUUAGAUUGUUACAUACCAAGAUUCAAAAUCACUUCGCAAUCUGAUAUGAUACCGCCUUUAAUGUAUAUGGGGAUACGUAAUGUUUUCGAUAGUAGUAAAGCUCAGAUGCCAGGUAUAUCUGACAGUCCUCUUUACGUGUCUAAAACAGUCCAGAACGUGAACAUUGAAGUGACAGAGGAGGGGACAGUGGCAGCGUCCUCUACCGUCGUUGGCUUAGAGGAUAGAAUACUCUCGCAGAGAUUCGAAGCAAAUAAAGAAUUUGUGUUUUUAAUCAGGGAGAGACAAUCUGGUGUUAUUGUGUUUGCUGGUGUGUAUGCUGAACCAUCUUUAGUGUUAUCGAAUGAUUCAGUAUACUUUAAACAACGCGGUCAAACGGUCGACAUAAUGCGACUACCAUUUAUCUUCCUUACUUUACUAUCAACAUGUUAUUGUAAAAUUGAAUUCAGUGAAAGAGCAAGGAAUUUUAGUAUCGAAUUACUAUACUAUACAGCUGAAGAAACACAAUGGCACACUGUGAUAUCACCGUUCGGAGUUUGGACACUACUCACUGCUGUAUCCGUUGGAGCUGAGGAUUCCAGUCGCAAUCAACUACUAAAAACAUUAAUACUACCCAAGAAACAACAGACAUUAAUUGAUGGAUUCAAAAACCUAACCAAAACCGUCUUAAACACUGGCACUCCUGAAGUGGAAUUAAAAAAUAAAAACUUCCUAUUCAGUGACAGCAGUUUUUUAUUGAAGCACGAUUUCACAAAGAGCAUGCAGAGAAAUUUUAGUGCUAUCGUUAGCAGGCUAAACUUCAAAACAGAGUCAGCAGCGGAAUUAGCGAACAAUGUAAUCAAACGAUCUGGUCUUAAGCUUAACAACGUAUUAAAGCCUAGCGAUUUUCAAGAUUCCAAAAUGAUAUUAACCAAUGUUAUAUCACUAAAAGCAUAUUGGAAAGUGCCAUUUAAUGUAUCAGAUACAAAAAUAUCACCAUUUUACGAUGAAAACGGUAAAGAAAUUGGUAAAGUAAACAUGAUGUAUUUAGAAGAUACGCCACCUUAUUCUAGCUUUGACGAAAUCGGAGCAUCUAUACUGGAACUGGCUUACGGCGAUGAAGAUAUCAGCAAAUACUCAUUACUUGUAAUAUUACCCGAACCCGGUGUGAGUGUAGCGUCAGUCUAUAGACGUUUAUCUGAUAUUUCUCUCAAGGAUAUAUUUGCUAAACUACAGAGUGACAUGGACAUGUUUGGUAUGACUUCAGUCGUCGUCAACGUGCCGAGGUUUAAGAUUAGUACGAAAUUGGUAUUAAACAAACCGUUAUUCACAAUGGGUGUUGAAGAUAUAUUCGAUCCAGGCGCAGCAAACUUCAAAGGUAUAACUGAAAGUAACAAUGUUUUCGUAUCAUCUAUAGUACAUAAUGCUGUUAUAGAAGUAACAGAAACUGGGACCGUAGCUUCAGCUACGACUUACGCAUAUUUCGCGGAUAGAGCAAGACCAUCUGUUUUUAACGCGAAUCGACCAUUUAUCUAUUUCGUUCUUGAGAAAACAACAAACACAAUUUUAUUUAGUGGUGCUUAUACUAAGCCAUCCGUCUUUUAAAAUGUUUAAGUAAGCAGAAGAUAUGUCUUGUUGUGACAUAAAUUUAUUUUGUA